CAAACUAUACCGAGAUUUGGAAUAUUACGUUACAGUCCUGCAGGAAAAUGGCGACUGUCAUUCAUAAUCCUCUAAAAUCGCUGGGUGACCAGUUCUACAGAGAGGCCAUUGAACACUGUCGCAGCUACAAUGCCCGACUCUGUGCCGAGCGUAGUGUGCGCAUGCCCUUCCUGGACUCGCAAACGGGUGUGGCACAGAACAACUGCUACAUCUGGAUGGAAAAGCGCCACCGCCAGCCAGGCCAGGCAGCGGGACAGAUGUAUACCUACCCUGCUCGAUGCUGGAGAAAGAAGAGGCGACUCCACCCUCCUCUGGAUCCCCAGCUCCGCCUGUGUGAGCUUCGACUAGAAGCUGAGCUUGCCCCCAAGCGUGAGGUGCCCCCGGGGGAGGCCACAGCCUUGGAGGCCCUCCUGAGGGGGGACAGCCUGCUGGAGAAAAAGAACAGCAUCUGUAAGGAGGAGGAGACGUUGUUGGAAAUACAGAGAGUACUGGAUGCAGACGAAAAUGGGGACAGUUUCCAUGAUGAGGACGACUUUGAACUGGAUACUCCGAAGAGAAAGAACAGAAACAGAGGCAAAAACAGAGGAUCAAGUCGCAGGAGGACAGAUCCUGUCAACACAGACGACCAGGACAAACCUUACGUCUGUGACAAUAGAUACAAACAAAAGCAUAACUCAAAAAAGGCUGAAGAAGUCUGUGGGAAACGCUACAAGAACCGGCCCGGCCUGAGCUACCACUACACCCAUACUCACCUGGCAGAGGAGGAGGGCGAGGAGGAGAAAGAAACGGAGAUGACCCCGUCCCCUCCACGGAGCUCAGACAACCACAAACCUCAGAAGGCCCCAGACGGUUCCAUCAUCCCCAAUGACUACUGCGACUUCUGCCUGGGAGAUCAGGACUCCAACAGGAAGACGGGGCAAGCCGAGGAGCUGGUGUCCUGCUCUGACUGUGGACGCUCCGGUCACCCCACGUGCCUGCAGUUCACCGACAACAUGAUGCAGGCGGUGAGGACGUACCAGUGGCAGUGCAUCGAGUGCAAGUCGUGCAGCCUCUGUGGAACCUCAGAGAACGAUGACCAGCUGCUGUUCUGCGAUGACUGCGACAGAGGAUACCACAUGUACUGCCUGAAGCCUCCAAUGACCCAGCCUCCAGAAGGGAGCUGGAGCUGUCACGUGUGUCUGGACCUGUUAAAGGACAAGGCCUCAGCCUAUGGAGAAGCAUAACAACGUCCUCGACCAUUUCUCGACACGCACAUACACAAAACAUAUAUUUGUAUCCACACAUAUAACUGCCCACACAUAAGCAAAAGCGUUAUCACAUAUGGAAUCGAAUACACACACAUUAAAACACACACACACUCCAGUGCAUUAGCAGGCUCAGGGCAGUUUCCUGUGUGAGGCGCAGGCAUCCUCUACCUCUCAUGAAGCCACAGCAACAGAUGCAAACGCCAUCACGACAGGCGAUUGACCAUAAGUCAGCCAACAUGGCAUCCAGUCAUUUCUCUACCUCCCCACUCGGCAAUCAGCAGACAGCAAGAAUCCCACGCAGGAUUAAAAAAGGUGUGUUCACAAAUCGGCCACAAUGUUAGAAUGGUGAACUGAUAGAUGCAAGCCGUGCAAAAUGACUGAAAGUAUUUUUAAAUCACACAACUGAUGGUUCAUACAGAGAUCUUCCCAUCGUUAAAACCAGUGGCCUGUUUUAAUAUUGUGGCUGAGCUGUGUUCAUUCAUUUUGAAACAAACAUCUUAAUGCUCUGGAUGUUUUCCCCCCGAUUCAAAUGUAUUUGACGUUUCACCGAAGCUGUUUCACUUGCCUCCCUCGCUGCUCGGACUCUACAGUGAGGGAACCUGAGUGGGUUUUGACUGAUGUUUGUUUAAAUCUCUCCUUCCAGCUCCAGCCCCUCGCUUGUGUUUAAACUUUACAAUGACAUUCCUACAGUAUAUGUCCUCAUAUCUGGAAAGACUCAUUGUUGGUUAUGCCGUCUUUCACAGUAUUUGUCAAGCUGGGUGAAAUUUAUGUCCGAUGCUGAGGGGAAGCGGGGCGAUAAAGCAGCCUCGACUGUCAUUCCUUUCGGAUUGUGUUGACAUUUUUAAUCCACGUCUGUUUUCUGUAUCCUCGUAGUUACUAGGAUACCAUGGUGCUUACAUGUAACACUUUACACAAGAUUUAACAUGUCUUUAAAUAGAAUGAAACAUUUAUUCAUGCGUUGCUGAUAGUGCACCGAUGUUACUGUCAUGAAGGUCGUGAUUACUGUAAAUCAGUGGUUCCCAGACUUUUACUGUCACGCAACCUAUGGACAAAAAAAAAGCUUAUAUGGCCUUUUCCCCACCACCAGCAAACAUGCACAUUAGAAGCAUUGUUGUCAUCUGGUAACAAUACUGGUGACAAAAGAAGAAAUAUAUUGAAAUAACAUUAAUAUGAAUAUGAACUGUAUUUUCUUUCACAUCUCAUGAGCUACUGGUGUUUAAAUGAAAAAACCCGAUCCUUUUCACAGUUUGUCAUAUCAUAAAAUAUAUAUAAGUAAAUGUUUCAGUGCUGAAAUUUAGUUUUAUUAGCCCGUAACUGCACAUAAAGUCGUUUGGAGGGUUGGAAGUAAUCAGAUUACAUAUAGUUUAGUUCAUAGGAGACAAUAGACAUGAUGUUUAAUCCAGUCUUUACAAUCCGACUCUUGGGUUUUUGGUUUUACAAAUGUUGGUAAAAGGGAUAUUUUUCCAGACUCUUUGUGUACCAAGUACUGCCAGUAUUUACACGGCUUCAGCAUGUCGAAGUAGAACACUCAGUAAUAUGCAUACCUCUGCAACAGGCCCCUUACUAAACCAUAUUUAAAUUCACUAGAUCUGGAUUUUUAAUAAAAUCUGCACCAAAAUGCACAAAUCGUAAUAUCAGCCCCUUAAAAAUGCUUGAAUUUCAAGAUCCAUGAAUUAGUCUCAGGGAAAUCAAGGAAAAUGUCACAAAAACUCACAAUGUUAAACAACUUGAUCUGGAUCUGCUACAAAAUGUAAUGGGUUGUCCCCUGACCCACACCACAACCUUUCACCAAGUUACUAACAGACAAACAAACAAACACAUUUGGAUAAAAACAUGACUUUUUUGACAGAGGUAAAAUCAAAAAGCUAUGAUUGGACCAUUUAUAUUGUAAGUUUCAUGAUAAAGGUCAAUUGAUGUUGUUAGUUACACUUGUGUUGGGCAGGUAAAAUAAUGUGCUGUGAAAAACAGCUUCUCACUUUUAAACGUUCCACCUGGGUCAUACCCCUCCAGAGGGCCCCAGGCCACGGUUUGGGAACCACUGCUGUAAAUUCAUCAGUUCAACAUGUGUUCAUUCAUUCAAUCUCCAUUAAUGACUGUUUGGAGGAGGAGGCCCUCCAUGUCCUGAGGAGGAAAUAUUUACUGGUGUGUUGUAUCUGGAAGCUGGCACAGUUUUUAUGCAGUUAUGAACAGAUUCAUUUUGCCGUUUUUACCAUAAACAUCAUUGAUGCAGUUUGUUUUUGUAAUGUGCAAAUAUUCCGUAGCACUAACUUCAAACGCUCCCUAACAACAUGCUAACAUCCGUGUCAUACACAUGGUGUGUAAGCCUUGACAGGAUACCAAAUUCUGCAUUUGUGUGUUUUGCUAUUGUGAGUUUGUAUUUGAUCUUGCUUUUCCACCGACAAUCAUGAGCUAUAGCAUAGAUAUAUGGUGUUAAUAACAUACAGAGGGGUUUUUUUUGUAUUGUUUUUCCUUUGCAGGCAUAAUGACCCUCUGUGUCUUCCUUCUUACACUCUUAUUUGAUGCCAUCACCUGCAGUGAUUCAAAAUGUAUGUUGUAUUUUGUUAAAGUAAAUGUUCUGUUUUGU